GAACAAGGAAACCUACGAAAAGCCCCACAUCGAGACUUGAAAUAGCGGAAGAAAGGGUUUUUGCGCUCUCUCUCUCUCUCCUCUCCCUCCCAACCUUUCUCUCUCCUCCCGACCUCGACUGUGGAUGGCGUCGUCGCCGGAGUCACGCGCUGCCUGCUGAAGCGAUACGGCGGCGACCAUGGAGGCUCCAAUCAUCGAUCCGCUGCAGGGAGAUUUCCCUGAAGUGAUCGAGGAGUACUUGGAGCAUGGCAUCAUGAAGUGCAUCGCCUUCAACCGCCGCGGUACCCUCCUCGCCGCUGGAUGCACCGAUGGAAGUUGCAUUAUAUGGGACUUUGAGACCCGGGGCGUCGCAAAAGAGCUCCGAGACAAAGAAUGCACUGCUGCAAUUACAAGUGUCUGCUGGUAAUAUGGUCACCGCAUACUUGUGUCUGCUUCUGAUAAGUCUCUUAUUCUUUGGGAUGUUCUAAGUGGAGAGAAGAUAGCACAUACGACUCUUCAGCAUACCGUUCUACAAGCUUGUCUUCAUCCUGGUUCCUCAACUCCAUCUAUUUGCCUGGCCUGCCCUUUCUCAUCUGCUCCCAUGAUUGUUGACUUGAACACUGGAAGCACAACAGCUCUUCCAGUUUUGACUGCUGAUGUGAGCAAUGGAGCCACUCCUCUGUCCCGCAACAAGACAUCAGAUACAUCAGUAACUUACUCUCCAUGCAAUGCCUGCUUUAACAAGCACGGGGAUCUGGUUUAUGCAGGAACCUCGAAGGGAGAAAUACUUAUAAUUGAUCACAAGAAUGUCAGAGUGUGUGCCAUCGUCCUUGUUUCUGGUGGCGCAGUUAUAAAAAAUGUCGUGUUUAGUAGAAAUGGACAGUACAUGUUGACAAAUUCCAAUGACCGGCUGAUUAGAAUCUAUAAAAAUCUUCUACCUCCUAAAGAUGGAUUAAAGAUGCUUGAUGAAUUGAAUGAGAGCUUCAAUGAAUCAGAUGAUGUGGAGAAAUUGAAGGCUAUUGGAUCGAAGUGCUUAGAACUUCUCCAUGAGUUUCAAGAUUCCAUCACUAGGGUCCAGUGGAAAGCACCUUGUUUUAGUGGUGAUGGAGAGUGGGUGAUUGGUGGUGCUGCAAGCAGAGGAGAGCACAAAAUUUAUAUAUGGGAUAGGGCCGGGCAUCUUGUUAAAAUUCUUGAAGGCCCAAAAGAAGCAUUGAUGGAUUUGGCAUGGCAUCCUGUUCAUCCCAUUAUCAUUUCUGUUUCUUUGACUGGCUUGGUUUAUAUAUGGGCUAAAGACUAUACUGAAAAUUGGAGUGCAUUUGCUCCAGAUUUCAAAGAGCUCGAGGAGAAUGAGGAGUAUGUCGAACGAGAAGAUGAAUUUGAUCUGGUGCCUGAAACUGAAAAGGUAAAAGGACUAGAUGUUCAUGAAGAUGAUGAAGUUGAUGUUUUGACUGUGGAGAGGGAUUCAGUUUUUAGUGACUCAGAUAUGUCCCAGGAGGAACUAUGCUUUUUGCCUGCAGUUCCUUGUCUCGAUAUUCCUGAGCAGCAAGACAAGUGUGUUGGCAGUUGUUCAAAGUUGCCAGAUGGUAACCAUUCUGGAUCGCCACUUUCAGUAGAAGCUGGUCAGAAUGGAAAUGCAAGCAACCAUAAUUCAAGCCCUCUCGAACCUAUGGAGAAUUCAACUGCUGAUGACACAGACGGAGUGCGUUUAAAAAGAAAACGCAAACCUUCGGAGAAGGGGUUGGAAUUGCAGGCUGAGAAGGUCAAGAAACCUGUGAAACCUUUAAAAUCAUCUGGUAGAUUGUCAAAAACUAAUAAACCUGUGAUUGAUCCGGAUUCUAGUAAUGGUGUAUAUGGAGAUGAUGGUUCUGAUUGAUUUGAUUAAAUUGCAGUUCUCAUUUCUUCUGUCUCUGGCGAUAUUUGUUUCAUUUUCACCUGCUUGACACAAUGUUUACUGAUCUCUCCUCUAGGCUUUGAAUGCCGUCACCCGAUUCACUGGAACAUUUGAAA